UUCACAACGAGACAUUAAAAAGGUAUCAUAAUUUGAGAAAUAAUAAUGUGAUUAUUAGCACUUGAUGAUUGUGAGAGGACAAGUCGCAAAGCCUUAUCCGCCAUUUCCCCACUUUUCCGGCGGUUUGCGUCAAACGCUUACCGCCGACGCUACCAACCAUUCCCCUCUUUCUUCUCGAGCUUCCACCUCCCCAUCCAAGUGUCAUCUUCGUCUCUUCUCACUUUUGGUCCUCAUCAUCCUCUUUUUCCAACAAAUACAACAAUAUUAUAUCUUCCAAAAUGCCAAAAUUUCUCCCUCUCUUUGCGUUAAUAAUCCUACGAUCACCUUUUGGCUAUGUCAAAAGUUCCUUAAUUUCUUGUUCCUUUUCAAAUCCUUGAUUUCCUGUUCCUUUUCAAAUCCUUAAUUUCUUGUUCCUUUUCAAACUAAAACCUUUUACUUUCCGUUUAUUUUACUCCUUCAAACGGAACCCAAAUAGAUCCGAAGCAAAAAAAAAAAAAAAAAAUGGAUGUGAAGCGGCGAACGAUCCGGUCUCUAGUAUCAAAGCUCAGCUCGGUGUCGGAGCAGACGCGAUCGGAAGCCCUGAGCGAGCUGCGUUUGAUCAGCAAGCACGACGCCGAGAGCCGCUCUCUUAUCGCCGACGCCGGCGCUGUCACUUUCCUUGCCGAGACUCUCUUAUCUCCUUCCCACGCCGCCCAAGACGACGCCGCCGCCACAAUCCUCAACCUCUCCAUCUCCUGCCGCCACUCCCUCAUCUCCACGCGGGGCCUCCUCGACGCUCUCUCCCACGCGCUCCACCACCACCGCAGCACCUCCUCCCCCUCCGCCGUCCAGUCCUCCGCCGCCGCCCUCCACAGCCUCCUCGUCGUCGACGACUACCGCCCAAUUGUGGGGUCCAAGCGGGACAUCAUCUACUCUCUCGUCGACAUCCUUAAAACCCCCAAUUCCCCUCCUCGCUCCGUUAAGGACUCCCUCAAAGCCCUCUUCGGCGUCUCCCUCUACCCACUCAACUUUUCCGUCAUCGACCUCGGCGCCGUCCCCGUCCUCUUCUCCCUCGUCGUGAAGGACGGCCGCGUCGGCGUCGUCGAGGACGCCACCGCGGUCGUCGCGCAGCUCGCGGGCUGCGAGGAGAGCGAGGAGGCGUUUCGGAAGGUGUCCGGGAGCGGCGUGCUGACGGAUUUGCUCGACCCAGCCACCGGUUCCAGUUUGAGGACGAAGGAGAACGCGGUGGCGGCACUGCUGAAUUUGGGAAGGUGCGGCGGAGAGAGGGCGGUGAGGGAGUUGAGGGAAUUGGGGAUGGGACGCGCCGCCGCGGGGAUCGCCGAGGUCGCCGAGACCGGCUCCGCCAAAGGUAGUGGCAAGGCAGUGGCUCUCCUGAAGAUGAUCGACAAUGGCACUGGCUUGCUUCUUUCUCGGUUUGAUUCUGAUUUGCUAAACCAAUCUUCAUGAGAUGCAAUAGGGAUUUGAUUUUUUUUUUUUUAUUUGAAGUUAGUUUUAAUUCAUUACACUUCUGAUCUUCAAAACUAAUUUUGUACAAAUACAUGAUAUGAUGAUUAUAUUGUUGACA